AUGUCUUAUGAUUAUUAUGACCUUCUUCUCGUGUUUUCUCUCUUGUUCGCAUCAACUUCGGCAAAUUCCUAUUUGAAUACCUCAUUUGGUCAUAUCGAGAAUUACAAUUACUUCUUGGGUGAAUCUCAUCCAAGAAAUCUUUCCUAUUCAUGGCGAAUUCGCAAUGAAAAACAAGCUGCCCUGUCGUAUUACCGCAUCUCAUUGCGACGAAUCGAAAUUGACAAUGAAGAAAAUUUCACACCCCAUGAGCUAGCAUUCAGAACCGACCGAACACAGAUCAUUCUUAGCAACAUCAGUCAACAAGUGAUUACCAUUCCAUCAUCGGGAGAUUUACAAAUCGAUAUUCGACAAAAGACUUUAGCAAAAAGCUUGAACAUUCAUCGUUUUCUACUGGAAUUUUUCUAUGUGAAUAAUAAGAUCAACAGUACGAAUUAUUUUCCUUGUGCAACAAGCGGCGUUUUCAUUCCGAAACAAUGGAAAUGCAAUUGUUUACACGAAUGUCCACCUGGUGACUACAGUGAUGAAGCCAACUGUCCCGUCUGUUCGAUUGUCGACCCAAUGAAUAGUUUAUUAUGUCAUUCACACGAACGCUGGUGUUUACCAUCGAACAAUCGAAAGAAUCCAAUUGAUCGAAAAGGUGUUUGUAUUCCAUAUGGUCAACCAUCGCAAUGUUCCUAUUCUCAACAAUGUGAAACAGUUGUGUCCUACCAUCAACAUCACGGCGAAAUUUCUCUUGAUAGUUCCGUCCUUGCUGAUCGCCAAUCAUUGUGUUUAGUUCUAGUUGCGGAAGAAAAACAUAAAAUAAAACUCAAUUUGAAUCAAUAUCAAUUUAUUGAACAACAUCCAAACUUAGAAUAUCGCGUCUAUGAUGGGACUGAAGAACAAAAUCUGUCAUUGGUCUCAUCGAAUUGGUAUUCAACUAGACAAAUUGUUCAAACUUACCAGCAUCAUCUGAUUACUAUUGUGAUACGAAAACGUUCAUAUAUUAGCUCAGAUGCAAUCGCUCCUAUUGACGAUCUCUAUGGAAACGACGCUUCGUUAAAUAUCACCUGGGUAACUAGUUUAUGUUCCGACGAUGAAAUAGCCUGCGGUGGACGCUUUGAAUUGAAAUGCUAUACCAAACAGCAACGUUGUGAUGGUAUUUGGGAUUGUAUUAGCGGUGAUGAUGAAUUAGGUUGUUUUCCCAGUUCAUGUCCGACAAUGUUUGCGUGCAAUGAUCCAUUGCGCUUGCCGACGGAUCGACCGCGAUGUUAUACAUGGUAUGAACGAUGUAAUGGCAAUGCAUUUUGUGUCAAUCGUACGGAUGAGAGAGACUGCACGAGUUGGUGGUGUAAUUCAAACAAUGGAACUUUUCUUUGCAAAAAUCGAAAUUGCAUCUACGAAACAUGGGUUUGUGAUGGUACCGAUGAUUGUGGUGAUAAUUCCGAUGAAACAAAUUGUCCGUCUCGGAUACCUCGUCGAGUUGUGACCGCAGCUGUGAUUGGUGCUACAAUUUGUUCAACACUAUUCAUUAUCGCCCUUGCAUGUACAUGUAAACUUUUCCAUUUACGUUCAGCUGAACGUCGAGCGUCGUAUCGUCUGUUGAAUCCACAACGAUACAUCGAACAGCGAAGAGAAGAACUUCAACGACAAACAAGUACUCAUCACUCAGCGAACGAUGAUUCAUCGCUGUCAGCAGAUGAAUCUCGACGCCUUGCACCUCCAUCGUACAAUCAAACAAUGGGCUUUUCUGAUGAUAAUGAAGAACGACAAGCAUUUCUAGCUGAACAUCUACGAAUGGCUGGUUUAGCAAAUUUCAUUCCAACACCAGCAACUAUCUCUAGCUCAAGAUCAUCCAGAUAUCGAAGUAGGAGACAUCGAAGACAUCGACAUCAUCGUCAUCGCCAUCGUCGAACUGAAUAUGACAAUUCUCGUGCUGCUUUAUUAGAUCCUCUUAUUACAAAUUCACAACCUCAGACUCCUUUUUCAACUGUUUCUGCCGCAGCUACGCCGUCCAUGAGUCGACUUGACCGUUUUCGUUCACAAUUUCGUUCUCUAUUCACCACAAAUCUUUCAGUGAACAGUAACAGUAUCGCUUCAAAUGAGCUCGAUACAUGUGAACGUCGUACUUCUACUCAACCGAUCAUUCUCUCUACUCGAUCUUAUAUUCAAUCUCAUGAAGCACCACCGCCGUAUGCCGAAGAACCAUUAUCAUCACCUUGCCAUGAAAAUGAUAUUCAAUACUUGACGUCGGCUCUGCCCCCGAGAUCAUCGGCAACGUUUAUUCGUACUCGAAAACAUCAUAUACCGUUGCAUACAAUACGAAAUCAUGGUGAACAAUCGGAACAACAGUCAACACCGUCGCCGCUACCGUUAGCUGCUCUUGGAGAUGACGAACAAGCGAGUAGUGACGAUGAUAAGAUGCUAGUGCCUUGA